AUGUCGACCUUUUCUUCUUCAAAUAGAAUAGAGAUCAUUUGCCUCAUGAUGGUCGUAUUCGCCGCUUUCUUGGCUGUAGCCGCCGCCGCUCCAGGCCUGUUGGGUGCUCCUCUGGCGUCUGCUUGGGGCCAUGGUUACGGUGUAGCUCCUGUUGUCAGCGCACCCGUUGUCCACGCUCCAAUUGUCAGGACUGCCGUUCCUGUUGCCACCUCAUACGCUAACUCCGUCAGAAUCGCUACUCCUGCUGUCGCUGUAGCCCAUGCUCCAGUCGUUGCUGCGCAUGCCCCAGUCUACGGCGCUCCUUUCGCACAUGGCUGGUAA